AUGAGUGCGAUUCAGGACACCGAGACCAACGAGCCCAUCCAGGUCCUCAUCACCAUGCACGAUGGAAUGGACCUCCUUGACUUUGCCGGCCCGCUCGAAGUUCUCACCCACGCCCAAUAUAACCCCAAUGACCCAGCCCGCCGUCACACGACCGCCUUUUCUCUACAAGAUGAAGACCCCACUGACAUGGCGAGCAACACCUCAGAAAGCAAAGCCUUCGAUGUCACCUUCGCCGCCGCGCAGGAACACGUCCUGACCGCCCAAGGUGUCACCUUGACCGCACACGUCUCGUUCAAGGAAGCGCACAAACGCCUCAAGGAAUUCGACGUGCUCGUCGUGCCUGGCGGCAAGGACAAAUGCAUGCAGGUGCUCAAGGACAAGGCUGAGCCCACCUCGAUCAUAAAGGCCUUCGCCGACGCCCAAACCUCCGAUCCGGGGCGGGAGCGGACCGUGCUGGCCGUGGACACGGCGGCACUCUUCCUGGCGAGCCAGGGACUCCUGCAGGGCCUGGCCGCCACCACACACCCGGACUUCUACAUCAAGCUGGAGAAAGAGUGCCAGGACGCCGCGGCGCGCGACAUGGGCGAACGCACCGACGUCAUGGAAGAGCGCUACGUGGUCAACAACGCCCGCUUCGACCUGGGCGAGAACCUGGACGAAAACCCCUACGUGUUCAAGAAGAACCGCAAGGGCAGCACCGCCCGCAAGGGCUCCCUGGCCCGCCGGGAGAGCAACCUGAAACACGAGAACCUGGUGCGCCGCCAGAGCAUGAAGCUUGGUGGCAUGCGCGUCAUCACCAGCGGCGGCACUGUGAGCGGCAUCGACGCGAGCUUGUAUCUCGUGAGUGCCCUCGUGAGCCACGAGACGGCGCAAGAGGUCGCUCGGGUGAUGGGAUACGACUGGGUCAAGGGCGUCGUCGUGGACGCUAUCGAUGUCUAG